GUGUCAUUACCAUUUUCUGAAAAGGUAUAAAUAAGCAGGACCAGCUAUAGAAACUGUCACAAGUUCUCGUACUUGUGACAAUUUAAUUAGUAGAACUACACUUUUUCUUUACAUGUUAAAUUAGUAGACGACAGAUGCAUCAUUCUUCAGUGAAGAGCAUUUUUGUUGAGGAGAAAAAUAAGCUGAACAAUGGAGGAAAUAAUGUGCCACCUAUUUGCCCUAAACCUAGAAAACCUGGUUCUACUCUUCCUGAAUUCCUCAAAUCCCUGAAUUACAACGAUAAUAGCCAGAAGAAUUUUGAUGGAAGAAGUGGGAUUCUCAACAUUGUUGCCGAUAAGACAAGAGAUGGAAGAAAAUCGCCAUCAUGUUACUCAGGAUCUCCCCCCGGGAGAACAGAUAAUCCAUUGGUUCACGACGUGCAAUUUAUUCGGCAAAUGGAGCAUUUUUCACCUUUGACAAGAACUAAGUUAUCUGAUAAAUUUGGAUUUACCUCUGUCUCUCCAGCUUGAGCCUUACACAUAGUUUACCAAUUUUUUUCACAAUUUUGUUUACUUUAAGAAGCGGAGUGAUAAGAAUAUAAGAUGUAUAAGAAGUCAAGACCCCUUUUUAAGGGAUUUAAGUUAUCUUUUUUUUUUUUUUUGUGGGUACUGCAUGAGUGCCCUGUUAGAUUGUCACAUGAGCAAAUUUACUGUAAAUAUUACGAUGUUUAUUAGGUUUUUUCUUUUGGUUUUGAUUCAAUUUAAUAUUACAUGUACAUGUUAACAUUUAUAGUGAUUUGAACUUAAUAAUAUUGUCGAUUAAAUACUA